AACAACGUUGAAGCAGAAUGUAUUAGAUCUCUCUUACCUGGGCUAAAAACCCUUAAACAUUGAAGUGUUCAGCAAAUGUUGACAUUCAUAACAUAUCAACUCUGUUUUACGUUUCAUUUCAGAUAUUACAAUUUAUCGAUUUUCAAAAAUUUCCGUCAAAAUUAAAGCGAAAGUUAUUUUUGAAAGUAACUGAACAUAAAAUUCUUCCUUUUAUUUUAAAAUUAUAAAUUUUUGGGUAUAUAGUUUUGCCAUAUGUGUAAAUGGAAUCUCACGAGUUAAAAAACUCAUGAGUAAUAAAACUUUUUAGAAUAUUGUUAUAAAAUUAAUAUUUUACCAGUUCCUUGAAUAAAUCAUUUCAUGAAUGAAGAAUAAAAUAAAUAACGAUGCAGCCCAUUUGUCUGAAACUCAUUGACAAAAACUUCCUCAAAUGCUGAAAAAUUCAGCAAAAUUGACUCUUUGUAUUGAUUUCAUUCAUUUUGAUUGUACUUUUUUUCCUUUUAAUUUUUUCUUGGAUUUAAAAUGUCUUCGUGUGCAUUUUAAAAGGGGUAAAAUUGCCCUAGGAAUUGAAUAAAUUUGUUUAUUAUUCUUUUAUUGUUUCCCGGUCCGAUCGAAAUAAUUCGGAGCCAAUUAGUUAUAAAAAACGCCACCGGUUAACAAAUUGUUCACAAUUUCACCAAGAAAACAACAAAGAACAAACAACAACAAAAUACAGAAGAAAAAAAAAGAAGGAGCCACAAAUAUGGGAAGAUAAAAAGUUAAAACGACAGAAAGCAAAAUUUAAAAAAAACGUUGAAGAAAUUGGUGAAAAUCUUUUUGCAACCGAUGUUUUUGCCAAUUGUCAUUUCUGUUACUCUCAUUUUCGUAGCGGGCAAAUAUUUUUUUCUCAGUUGAUUGCAUGAAUCUCCUGGAACAGCAAAAAUCUGCCAUUUAACCACCUGCGAGCUUCUCAAAACGUAAUCGAAAACUUUUACCCUACCGAGCCUUGAAUCUUCAAAAAUGACCAAUAUUAAGGAGACAAACUUUGGAAUUCUACCUCCUCUGUCAAACAAAUUCACCGCCAGCAAUUUCACCGCGACAACCCCCGCAUCGUUGAGCUUAUUCCCCAAUGAACCCCCCACAUCAUCUCUUUUUGCCCCCAUUUUCCACGACUGUUCCGGAUGCUGCCAGAAAAUAACCGAAGACCAGUGUAUAAGCACUGAAGAUGGAAUCUGGCAUGAGAAGUGUCUGGUUUGCUGUGUUUGUGGGGCGAAUUUGGCAGAUGCGCAGUCUUGUUACACGAAAAACGGGAAAGUGUACUGCAAACGAGAUUAUUAUCGGGAGUUUUCUGGCCCCAAAAACCGAUGCAAAAAUUGCAAUCACGCAAUUUUACCCACAGAGUUUGUGAUGCGCGCCAAAGAAAACGCAUACCACGUUCAAUGUUUCGUGUGCGCAAUUUGCGAAAAACUAUUCAAAACUGGAGAUCAUAUUGCUUUCCACGACAAUAAAAUCUACUGCACGCUUCACAUUGGCUCUUUGCCGGCAAAAUUGGCAGAAAACCAAAGUUCAGAUAGUCAAAUGAGCAUCAAAACUAAAUUCUCUGACUUAAAAACGAGCAAUCGAGCAUCGAAUGAAAUAGAAAUGAGCAAAAAUCAACCUAACUCUGAGUCGCAAAAGAGCAGUCAUCAGCUAAGUAAUUUCAAAAAAGAAGAAAGCAAUUUCGUUUCGAAUUUUAAACCCGGGGUUUUCGAAAAUUGCCAGCAAGUUGCACUGGAAAACGCUGGGACACCUGCCGAUGCUCAUUCAAUGCCGUCGGAACAACAAAUGGCUGCUGAAAGUGUUGAACAAAAUCAAAAUAAAUCUUCAAUCUCGAUUCAAAAUCAGCCAGUUCAGAACAUCCCCCCUCAAGAAAUGAACCAACAAAUUCAUCCCCCCAUUUUCCAAUCACCUCAUCAUCCCCAUGAGAUGAGUCAUCAAGGAGUGCCAAUAAGUAGUUUCGCCCCGGGUGUUCCGACCAGUUUUGCGUCUGUAAUGCCAGUUUAUUCCCGUGCUCCCCCAAAUAAUAUGUUACCUGGGGGACAACAAGUGGGUAUCCCGCCACCUUCGCCCUUUCACCCCUCGUUUGAUUUUUUGAAGAUGUUGCCCCCCUCUGUUGGUGGGAAUUCGUCGUCCAAGGGGAGACCAAGGAAGAAAAAACACAUCGAAGACCAGCUACUUGCGGCUUAUUCUGCUCAUGGAGUUUUGGAUGCAGAUGGAGGACUUGCUCCCUCUUUGUACAGCCUUGAGGCCAACCAUAGGGUCCAUCAUCACCAUAUGCAUUCCCACUUGGCCCCAUUUGGACACAUAACAGACAACUCACACCGGUCCAAGCGGAUGCGGACAAGUUUCAAACAUCAUCAGUUGCAGGCGAUGAAACAGUAUUUCAAUGCAAAUCAUAACCCCGAUGCUAAGGAUCUGAAAUCUCUGGCACAAAAAACUGGCCUCACCAAAAGGGUUUUACAGGUUUGGUUUCAAAAUGCUCGCGCGAAGUUUCGACGCAACCUUAUGCGAGAACAGAAUCAAGACAUGGGUUCGGGAAUGUCAGAGAAAAGUUUAGGCGACGACAUUUUAGAUGACGAUUUAAACAGGCGCGAGUUAUGCUCUAUGAACGGGAGCGAGGGUGGAAAUGACAGUACAUUCGGUGAAUUGGAUGAAUCGUUUUCGGAUGGGGUGGAGUUUGACGAUGAGAGUAUGAUGUCAUAUUCUCCCGAUUCGAGUACUGAGAGUCUUGGAGGAACUAAUAGCCAAGAAACUGUUUGCGAUGAUGAGGAUGAAAUAUCACAUGACUAGAUAACUAAGUUCACGUCUCGUACAGGUAAUACAAAAGGAAAACAAAAACAUAUUUUGAAACAAUUAUUAGAUUUUGAUACGAGGUAAAGAUUAUCUAUCAAGUAGAUAUAUUUCUCUGAAAUAAUCGCAAUCUUCUAUUUGUAAUUUAUUUAUAAAUGUCCAAUUAAUAUAUUGCCAUUUUUA